GGCUUCCAGGCAGUGCGGAGAUUCCUGGCCUACUAGGGGCUCAGCUCCUGGCCCCCGCCCGCAUCUCCCAAGCCAGUGUUGGGCCUGGACGCGCAGGGUCCGCAGGCCCAUGGCACGUGACCCCUCCCACGGACAUAAACCCGUGGCUUGUUUUGACAACCCACUUCAUCCCAGAGGAUUGAGGGGAUCAAGGAAGGGGAGGGCGGGACCCUGGCCAGACCUGGAGAGAAGGGAGAGGGUUGAAGGAGGGGAGCGGGGCCAGAGGUCUCCGCAGGAAUGUUUGGGGGUGAGCGGAGGUGCGAAGGGGGUGGGGAAGGAGUCACGGGGCAGGCAGAGGCACGGCCUUAAGAUGUCCCCGGGCAUUUGAGGACUCUUGGUGUGGCAGUGCCAGGGGACAGCUCCAGGGGGAGGGGUGUGGCUGGUCUUGGGUUCUGUCCGUGUUGAUGGCUGGUGACCAUGUUGAGCAGGACUGCAGGUGCACGGUAUGGGUGGGCGUGUCUGGCCGGGCUGUUGGAGUAGGAGCUGGGGGUGGCCUCACUGUUUCCAGGGGUGCCCCUCCUUGCGUCUUGGCAUGUGCCUGUGGGUCCUCGUAUUGCUAGGGAGUGUCUUCCCAUGGCCUGGCCUGACAGGGACUCUCGCAGAGUCUCAGGUCCUCGACGCUAAGGGGUGUGUUGGAAAGGUCAUUUCAGGGGGCUGUGUUUUGAGGUGUCAAGGGAAGUGGCUGGUGUCACAGGGGCUCAGACUUUCCUGCGGCAUCUCAACGCCCCCAUACAUAACCGCAGGGACCUCUGACGCAGCUCCCCUCCAGUCCUCUCCCCUCUCUCCAGCUCUGGCCGGGGUCCUGCCCCUCCCUCCCUUCCCCUCAGUCCUCCAGGAGGGUGCUGCAGGGGGGCUGGGUCUCAGGGUGAGGCUGUGUGGUGGGCCCCCAGGGGUGCCCAUCUCAGGGCACGAGGUGAGGCCGCAGUCUGUCCAGGGUGCGUCUUCGUGCCUUGGGGGUCCCACAUGUGCUCAACUCACCCUAAAGCAGGGUGCAGAGGCUGGCCUCAUCUCCAGGCUUCCUGGCUCCCCUGGGCCCUCAGCCUCCUCCCUGUCUCCGAGGGUGUGACUCCCCGCCGCCCUGGCCUGGGCUUAAGCCCCUGUGUAAAUAGUGGGCGGGUCCCCUGACCAGGCUGGGCCUGACCCAAGCCAGUCCGUCCAAGGCACUGACCACAACCACCCAUCUUGAUGCCCACAAAGGUUCUGGCAGGUCAGGGAAUAGUUGCUGCCCCCCACCACAUGUUAGAUCAGCCCCCCAACCCUCAAACCUGGUGGAGACAGCACCACCCCUGCAGCCCGCCCAGUUUGCCCUGGGCGACGCUCAUAUUUUCCAGUGUUUAGAUUUUAUCCGCUUUAUUAAUGAGGCAGGCAAGAGGCCCGAGCCCGGGGGGAAAGGGGCUGCUCCCGCCCCACUGGGAGGAGGGGGUCACAGGGGACCAGGCCGACUCUCGGGAGCCUGCCUCCUCAUAGAGGAGGAGCUGGGGCCCCCAGUGGUCUCCACCCAUUGCCAGGAGGACAGACUGGGGGUCUCUGCCACUCCAGGCCCCCAGCAGGCGUACAAGGGGUGGAGCGGUCCCUGGAGGCCAGCAGGGCUGCGGGUGGAGGCGAGGAGCCGCCCCAGGAAGAGGGAGGGAGGGAGCGGCCGCCCAGAGAGCCAGGCGCAGCGGGCGUGGGCAGCCGGGCCUGAGCGGUGGGCCAUGGGGACCCAGUGUCCCAGCGCUGGGUAAGAAGGCUGGGUUCAGGGUUGGGUUUGGGGAUGAGGAUGGGACCUUGGCUAUUUUGGUUGAUACUGCUGUGUUCCCUGGAUCUCAGUCCCUGUGUGUCUGUCCUUGGGUCUUACUCUCUGUCCAUCCACCUUUCCCUCUGGCCCAGGGUGAAAUCCGGCCUUUUACCCCCCACCACCAGGGUGUGGUGGAGUGGGAGGGGGAGAGGGAGGCAGGAUGUGGGUCUCCCUGAGGUCUCUGGGACAGGGAGGGGUCGUGGGCAGUGUGGGAUCGUGGGCCUCCAGGUGAGGUGGUGGUCAGGGAUGGUGCUCCGGUGAGACAGCAGUGGAGCCCAGAGACCACCGUGGAGGACCGAGUUGGCCAUGGGCACAGAUAUGACCACAGGGCCCAGAGACGAGGUUCUGGGAGAGUGCCAAAGAAGCCAGAGAUGGGACUGUGGGGACAAAGACAUGACUAUAAAGAUACAGUGCCAUCAAAGCAAAAAAUGGGACCAGGCUGUGAGACACAGAGAUGGUCCACAGACAAGAGAUGGGGCUGUGGGGGGAGGGUUAUGGGGACAGAGACAGUGCCAUGGGGGUCAGAGAUGGGUCCAUGGGGACGGGGAUGUCUGUGAUAGUGAAGUUGGAGCUGGGGACAUCAAGGAUGGGACUGAAGUGAAGGUGACAUGGUGAAGGUCAGUGCGGGCACCUUGGAGGAGCCUGUCCCUGGGGUCAGAAAUAGGUGUCCCAGAUGGGGUCCUGGACCAGGAGUUUGCUGUGCUGUAAAAAUGGGAAAUGGGGGUCAGAGGUGGAUCUCUGGGGUGCAGAAGUGGGGCAGAGACCCGGGGGGCUGGUCCAGGGCAGCCUUAGAGUGGUGGGCAUAUGGGAAGGAGGCGGCAGAGUGGAAGGAGGAGCAAGAGAUGGGCUAGUGAGGGGCGGGGGCAUCAGAACAGCUAGGGUCAUCUGGAGUUGCCACAGGCAAAAGGGCCUUGGGGUCAGAUGGGUUCUGGUGAGAUGGGACAGUCAAUCCGCGGUCUCCCUCGGUGUCCCUCCAGCCUCACUUGCCUUCAUCUCCUCUACCCAGCCCUCCUGGCGCCUGACAUGAGUCUUUGCGGGCCCCUUAACCAGAGCCUGGCCGGCGAGGCUACCACGUGCUCGGCGCCCGGGAUCCCCAACGUGUCGGCGGUGCCGCCCUUGGGUGGUACGGGCGGAUCACCAGCGCUGCCCAUCUUCUCCAUGACGCUGGGUGCAGUGUCCAACGUGCUGGCACUGGCGCUGCUGGCUCAGGCCGCAGGCCGCCUGCGGCGCCGCCGCUCAGCCGCCACCUUCCUGUUGUUCGUCGCUAGUCUGCUGGCCAUCGACCUGGCGGGCCACGUGAUCCCGGGCGCACUAGUGCUGCGCCUGUAUGCUGCGGGGCGCGCACCGGCCGGUGGGGCCUGCCACUUCCUGGGUGGUUGCAUGGUCUUCUUCGGCCUGUGCCCGCUCCUGCUGGGCUGCGGCAUGGCAGUGGAGCGCUGUGUGGGUGUCACCUGGCCUCUGCUCCAUGCCGCGCGCGUCUCGGUGGCCCGCGCGCGCUUUGCGCUGGCCGCAUUGGCCGCUGUGGCCUUGGCGGUGGCGCUGCUCCCGCUAGCACGCGUGGGUCGCUAUGAGCUUCAGUACCCUGGUACCUGGUGUUUUAUUGGCCUCGGGCCACCCGGCGGCUGGCGCCAGGCGCUGCUUGCCGGCCUCUUCGCAGGCCUCGGCCUGGCUGCGCUACUCGCUGCGCUAGUGUGCAACACGCUCAGCGGCCUGGCCCUGCUGCGCGCCCGCUGGCGCCGCCACUCCGGACGUUUUCCCCAGGCCUCCCGCCCAGAUAGCAGCCGACGCUGGGGGUCACGAGGCCUCCGCUCGGCCUCCGCCUCAUCUGCCUCAUCCAUCGCUUCAGCCUCCCCAGCCCUCCGCAGUUCCCGGGGCGGAGGCUCAGCACGCAGAACCCGCGCCCACGACGUGGAGAUGGUGGGCCAGCUCGUGGGCAUCAUGAUGGUGUCGUGCAUCUGCUGGAGCCCGCUGCUGGUGUUGGUGAUGCUGGCCAUCGGGGGCUGGAACUCCAGCUCGCUGCAGCGGCCGCUAUUUCUGGCCGUGCGCCUUGCUUCCUGGAACCAGAUCCUGGACCCCUGGGUCUACAUCCUGCUGCGCCAGGCCGUGCUGCGCCAAGUGCUUCGCCUUCUGCCUUCAAGGGCUGGCGCCAAGGGCGGCCCCGCGGAGUUGGGCCUAACCCGGAGCGCCUGGGAGGCCAGCUCUCUGCGCAGUUCCCGGCAGAGUGGUCUCAGCCACUUCUGAGUGCGCCCGAAGGCUAAGCCAUCCAAAGUGCUCAGCGCAGCGCCUUUGAGGAACCAGAGUUUUGUCCCGUCGGGGCUGCAGCACACACUGGGGCCGCGUGGGGGCGGCAGAGGAUCCGUGUGCGCCUCGAGACCGGUGCAGUUCCGAGGCUUGCCACGCGAGGGCGCAGACACCCGACGCUCAGUUGUCCAGCUGGGAAUCCAGAGCCAAAGCCACAGGAGCAUGCGCUCAACGCCAGGGCCCCAGCUCCGCAGUGACUAGAGCAAGAGUGUUUGGGGGACACUUUCAGUCACUGCGGCCGCCAAGACAGAUUCUGUUCAUUAGAUCCUGAGCUCCUCCCAAACAGCCCAAGCCAUGCACCAUCAUGGCCUCGAACUCCCAAAGCCUCCAACAGACCCUGACCCCCCUCCCAUCGCAGCUCACCACUCCUUCCACCACAACAGCCCUGAGUCCCACCCUCCCCCGACCCUCUUCAAAUGAACCCCCACCGAUCUGCCCCAUCACCUGGCCCUACCUCCAAGCAUGUCCAUCCCCCAACCCCCUCUCGGCGCACAAGAAGGGCCAGGAUGCAGGGCUGGGGCAGACCCCGGAGGCCUUUUUAAAAACUAAGAGCUCGGGGCAGGGGCGGGGAUGGGCUAGCAGCCGCUGGCCACGAAGUCGAAGUCCUGGAAGGCUGCCUGCUCAGCGGCAGUGAGGGGCCGCGCGUCGCGGGGUGGGCUCAGCGUGGGGGCCUCGCCGGUGAACUCCUCGUCGAAGUUGCUGACAUCCGUGCGCCCCGACAGCGUGGGCACGAAGGGUGGGGGCAGGCGCCGGGCCAGCAGGGCUUCCCAGCCCAGUGUCUGGGAAGGCAGGAGAGGGAGGUCAGGAUGGGAGGCUCGGGGCAGGCGUGGCUGAGAGGCCGGUCCUGGGUUUGUGGGGUCGGCACAAGGUGGAAGAAGAGGGGUGAGGCUGGGGCAGGGGGAACUGGCUCACCCGGGACACGGCCCACCAGGCCAGAAGGAGUGACUGGGCCUCCACGGGGCGUGUGGGAGGGGAAGGGAGGACACAGCCCGUGGCUACGGGCCCCCGGGGUGGGAAGGGCGACUGGCUCCUGGGGUCUCACCCUGAAGAAUGGCUGCUUCUUCACGUCCUCUGCAUCUCGCUCACUGGACCCCAACCUCCGCUCUGGAUUCCUCCGCAGCAGCUGCAGGUGCAAAGCUGCGUCAGGUCUGUCUCCCACCGAGGCCCUGACCCAGAGCCCCUGACCCAGGGCCCCUGACCCAGAGCCCCUGUCUGGGACGUCCCUGCCUGGGAGUCCUCACCCUCCGCAUGAUGCCGAUGGCCUCCGCAGACAGGAAGCGCGGGUAGCGGACCUCAUCGUUGACGAUGCUGUCAAACACCUCCUCCUCAUCAUCCCCUGGGAAUGGCGACUGGGGACAGGGGUGGGGUGAACGAGGCCCCUCUCCGGGAUACCACACCCAGUUCCACCCGAACCACAGGGACUGGCUUGAAGAGGGGCGAGUAUCCCAUUUCACAGAUUGGGCACUGAGGUCCAGGGGCAAAGCCACCUGUCCUCCUCACCCAGCUGGGGCGGAGGCAGAGUUGCGUCCUAGCCCUGGGCACAGGCACACUCCAGGCCCCGUGGGGGCGCCCUGGGGCCUCACCUCACCGACCAGCAUCUCGUAGAGCAGCACGCCCAGCCCCCACCAGUCCACGGCCCGGGUGUAGGACGUGUCUGUCAGCACCUCGGGCGCCAGGAACUCCGGGGUUCCGCAGAAGGUGCUGGUCCGGUCCCCAUAGCCCAUGCCUGGAGCAGCAGGGCCAGGCGAGCUCAGCGGGUGGCCCAGCACCGCCACCGUGGUCCACACAGCCGGCCGCCCCUCCCUGUCCGACCCCAGGCUCCGCUCCUCACCCUCUUUGCAGAGGCCAAAGUCUGCGAUCUUGACGUAGCCCUCAGUGUCCAGGAGCAAAUUGUCCAACUUGAGGUCCCUGUGGGGUCAGAGGUACAGAGAGGGACAGGCUGGUGUGGGGGGGCUCUGGCUGUGCCAGGGCCGAGGUGCCCCCGCAGCACACACCUGUAGACGAUCUUGUGCUCGUGGAGGAACUGCAGCCCCAGAACCACGCAGGCCGAGUAGAAGCUGCGGAGAGAGUGGGCGGGUCCUGGGAGCCUGGAACCCGCACCCUUGGGCCCCCAGCCCCCAAGAGCUCCCAGAGGCCGGGGAGGCAGGGCCCAGGGGUGGAGGGUGGCACCCGGGCUGAGAGCCUGGGCAGUGGCUCACACGGCUCGGGGCUCGGAGAACACGUCGCUGUGGAUGUGCAGCAUGAGGUCGCCGCCCGCGGAGUACUCCAUCACGAAGCACACGUGCUCCGGCGUCUGGAAGCAGCCGAAGAGGUUCACCAGGAACGGGUGUCCCGCGCUGGUCACCGCUGCCAAGAUCCGCUUCUCACACAUCAGGCUGGGAGGGGACAGGCGGUGGGGGGCACAGGUCAUGGACAUCCCCAACCCCCAACUCCCACUCUCCCCGGAGUCCUCAGUCCACCGUGGAUACAGCUGUGCACUUCGGAUAAAUUGCUUACAAUCUCUGAAUCUCAACAACCUGAUCUGCUAAAGAGGCACCCAGAACCCAUCUGUCUUCCCAGUAACUGCCCCAUGACCUUCCUUUGGGGAACCGCAGGCCUGGGCACAAGGCCCAGGCCACUGGGGUGCUCCAACUCUUUGGCCAGGGAUUGGUUCAGGGAUGGGCAAGCCUAAUCAAGGGACUUGGAUUGAGGUCCCUGUGGGGUCAGAGGGUACAGAGAGGGAUAGACUAGUUUGGGAGGGGGCUCUGGCUGUGCCCAGUGGCUGAGGCGCCCCCACAGGGACUCUGCUUCUACCACUGGAUUGCCAGGGUUUCCACUGGAAUUAUUAAGGAAUGAAGGCUAAAGCUGGGUGAAUCUCAAGCUGUUGGAGUACAGAGGUAUCUUUGCCCUCUGGAGGGGACUGCAAGCCAAGCCCGCACACAGGAACACAGAACUGAGAAACCUCAUCUGAGCACCUGGAUACAGCCAUGCCUGAAGGCACUCACCCCAGGACUUUUCUGGUCCAGCUCAAUAAAUUCUUUUGUUUGUUUAAAGCUUUCUAA